AUGCUCUUCAGAUCUCCAUCUCCUCCACCUUUGUUAACUGCAACACACUUCUUUCUCUUAGAUUACCAGCUCUUCUCAGCAGGUACUUCUCAGCCAUCUGGUCAAGCAUGCCAAAAAAUUGUAAAAGAUUUUGAAAAGGACAUCAAGGGACACACUUCAGAGGCCAUGUUUCAUCAGACUGAGGCAUUAGGGAAAUUGAAGGAAAAUGGAGAUGAGUGUCUAUCUGCUUCUAUAAAUGGAAAACAGAAAUCCUCUUUGCUCCCCAAAGAUGAUAAACAACCUCCAUCUGACCGCAAAAUACACAAGAGGAUGGAGAAUGAUGACUAUCCUCCGGCUAUCUCUCAUCAACUAGAGGAAGUCUUACCAGUGGCUAUGUUUAAUGACUGUAAAAAGUCAUUAUCAGGAAAAAUUACAACACAGGAUUUCCCAAACACAGUAGAAGCCUUAAAGCCAGCAACAGGCAAAUUUAUUAGAGAAGUCAAAUGUGGAGCUUUCAAUGUGCAAGUGGAAACCACAAAAAGCAUUUUCUGUAAAACAGGAGUACAAUUCCCAACAAAACGGCGAUGCCCAACAUGUCACCAGCAUUAUUCUGUCCAGCAAAGACAACGAGAUUCCACAUCUCGGGGCCAGUUCUCUAAUUACAGCACUGUAUCGGCAGAAAGAUUCAAGCAUAAGGUUCCGUCUACAUGCAAAGGAGAGGCCUCUAGAAGAAAUAUCCCUUCAAUGAGCAUAAGCAUUGUAGGGAAAGAAAUUAUGGUUGAAUAUGUAAGUAAAAAACAGAACAUAUUAAUCAAUAUCUCUCAUUCUAAAAGCAUAGGGAAAUCAAUAAAACAUAGAAAAAGUUCCUUAAACCACACCACAAAAGAACCCUGUGAAUUUCCUUCACAGCCUGGCAUAAAUCAUCCUGAAAACCGGAGGCUUGAAAGCCAGAAACAGUGUUCAAAUGGUUUGCCUGACACUCCCUGUAGUGUGAAUACUGUCCAGAAAGAGAAUUCAGACACUAUUGUGGUUUCUCUAAGCCCACCUCCCAGGGGAGAGAAAAAGAAACCCAACACACUGCCUUCAGCCCCAGAUGAUUCAGAAGAGGGAGAUUCUGCUACAUCUCAACAGAAGGUCUUCCAAAUUAUUCAGGACAACCCCCCAAAGCAACAUCUCUUCACAGUUGCCACUUGUCCUCUUACCUCUUCUCAAACCUUAAGGACCACAAGUUUGAAUAAUAUGGAUUUAAGUAAAAUGCCUUUUGAGGAUUCAAGGGAUGUGGAUAAAAAGAGAAAAAACAGCUCUGAUAUCAGGGAAAAUAUCAUUUCACAUUCCCAAGUACAGCCAUGCACAGCAGGAACCAAUGGUCCCCUAAGUACUGUGAGCAGCACGAUUCCCGUUCAAGAUGCCUCAGACUCUGUGUGUUGUCCUUUGUCUUUUCCAACCAUGCAGCUCUUGGGAGAAAAAGUAGACAACCUUAGCUGCAGAGGCAACAAAACCCUGCCAGGAGAGGUCUAUGAGAGCUCAGAUUCUGUGUCUUUCCCUGUUAGUGAACAUGCUGUGAAGUCUUCUCUGUUACUCAGUCCAUCCCACUGGGUCACCUGUAGAGAACCUGUAGAGACUUCUGGGAACACACUUUCUUUUAGCCAAUACAUUGGUGUUGGGAGAGAGCAGGACAAAGUACAUGGUGCUGUGAUUUACAGAGAUGUUAAUGAGACUGUUUUAAACAGUGACUCUUUUGUGAACACACAUCUAUUGGAAAGGAAGAACACACAGAGUCCAACUGUGAGGAUUACAUCCUGCAGCAGCCCAGUUCCGAAGAGCCCACUUCAUGGCAAUAUACACAGUUCUGUGGAAUGGGAACAAACAGAGAACCAUGCAAAUCAUGUAGAGAUGACAGCCCUCAGCAGAACAGAAGGGCCAGUCUCGGCCUCCAUAACUGAUGAGUUAGAGCAGAGAGUCACUGCUCAAAAUCACAAAGAAGGCACAGUUGAUUCUAAUUGUCCCAUGGCAGUAAGAAACCCUAGAGAGUCUACCAGCUAUUUGGAAAAUGUUGAAGAUGAAAAAAGCCAGGUACUAUCAGUCGUGAAGAAUAUGUGCCACAGAGAUUUUGAAGACGCAACAAGUGAGUAUCAAAAUGAAAUCUGUGCUCCAAUGGCUUUUCUACUAAACUCUGUUGAGUCUACCUGUACAGAACAUGCUACAGAGAAGCUGUCUCUUAUUCAUAAGACACUACUUGUUAAUGAAGAUUCAAAUAGUAAUAGAGGCAGCAAAAGUUUUGAACUGAAUAACUUCCAACAGGAGCCAGCAGAGUUCCAAAGGGCUGCAUCAAGAGCACACCUUGAAGAAAGUGAGAAAAACCGUGACCCCGCAGAAACUUUCUACCACCCUAUGGACAUAUUGUGGUCACCACAGAAGCAGAAGGCACUAAAAGAUCAGAAUUUGGAGAUCAAUAAGCCCCGAAAGCUAUCGCAGGAAUUGGUUCUAAGAGGAGGAAGAGCCAGUGAUGGUUCCCAGGAAGAAGCAAUAGACCAGUGGGCCAGGAGGAGACAGCAGUUCAAGGAGGGCAAGAGAUGCAGCUCAGCAGGGGGCAGCUCUGUCAUCAGCAACUUCACGGAAGGCUCCAUCACCUCAGAUGAUGCUCAUUCUGUGGAUUUUGGCUUUCGGGUUGAUAUUGAAGAAAAAGGAUUCUACACGGAGAAUUUUCAUUCCACAGCAUGGGUUUUCCGAGGAGAUGAUGGUGAUCCUGAAGACAGCCCCAGGUGUCUUAGUAAAAAGCCAAGACCAGUCGCUGUCCGUGAGCGAACUGUGAGACUAUUCAAAGGAACUGGAGAUUAUCCCUGGGGAUUCCGGAUUCAGUUCUCCAAGCCCAUCGUGGUAACUGAAGUGGAUGCCAACAGCGCUGCUGAGGAAGCUGGCCUCCAGAUUGGAGAUGUGGUGCUGUCUGUCAACGGUACUGAGGUCACCAGUGUUGAGCAUGCAGAAGCCGUGCACCUCGCCAAGAAAGGUCCUGACAUCUUGACCAUGGUGGUGGGAUCCGACAUCAGCCGCUGUCCAAAUACCCCAUGGCCCACCUGCCGUGGCUACCUGCAUAAGAGGACUCACUCGGGCUUUGUGAAGGGCUGGAGGAAGAGGUGGUUUGUGUUGAAGCAUGACGGCUUUCUCCUCUAUUACAAACACAGAAAGGAUGAAGGGAAAUGGCCACCUCUAGAUGUAAUAAAAUUAGAAGGAGCAGAAAUCGACAUUGACAACAGCUUGGGAAAACCAUUUGUUUUUAACUGCAUGCCUCAGUCCAGAAGUAGAUUAUAUUGCCUCUGUGCAACAUCAAACCAAGAGAUGAAAAGGUGGCUUGAGGCAAUGCACAAAGCAGCCCAUCCUAUCCACCAGAGCCACGUCUGGGAAGAUGUCACACUGCACAACAGUAGCCUCCCACCCCUUGCGAUCACACAGCCCGAAUGCCUGGGCCUCCUGCAUCAGCUGGAGAGAAGCACAGAUUCGUGGAUCCAGCACUACUGCAUCCUCAAGGAUGGCUGCUUGUAUUUCUAUGCUAGCAUUCGCUCCACCCAGGCAUCAGGUGGCCUGUAUCUUCAGGGAUACAGGGUGACUGAACAGACCCACGGCUUUGAGCAAUCAGUAAUUGAACUCAGACCUUCAUCAGAAGAGUUCAAGACCUUCUAUUUCUGUGCGGAAAAUAAAACGGAAAAUCAGCGCUGGAUUACAGCUUUGAAAACAUCUAUCAAAAAAUGGCUUCCUUUGGACCAAGCUAUUCAAGAGUUCAUGAAUCGACCUCUGGAGGAGACCAGAAUGUGA